GAAAAAUUUCUGUUUGAUUUUUUUGAGAAAACUUGUUUGUUUGCCUUUCUUUUGCCUUUCGGUAACGAAGCUAGGGCUCGUAGAGAUCCUUUUGGGGCUACUUAAUUGCUGGAUGCAUAGUGAGCGAACUUAAUUUUUGACUAAUUUGUACUUUCACGAGCUUAUUCUUCUGAUUUUUUGUUAUUUUCUUACUGUCAUUAUUGCUGGUGUCUGGUGCUCUUACGAUGGGGCUUUUCUAAAUUUAACUUUAAAUUACCGUGUUAUUGUUUCUGAUCUCGUUGAUCUAUCCUGUUUCACUCUUCAUUUUCCGGUUAUUCUGCACUUGAUUCAUUUUCCUGGUGUUUGGAUACUGAGAAAAUUUGGUAAAUGACUGAUAUUGAGGGUCCGUCUCCGUCUGGGACUAUGACUCAGUUUGGGAGAGAAUAUCUAAACCAGAUCACCUGUUUAGGAUUGGGUUCGUCUUUUUAUUAAGUGGAAUUGGAGAGUAGAAUCAAGAUGCCGUGGACAUCUUCCUUGGUGAAUUACAGUAGCAAGUGUGUUCGCUUGGUGGUCUUCUUUCGUGUCAUUCUGUAAUUUGGUCUGCACGGGAGAAUAAAAAACAUUGACUUUGCUGGUCUAUCUUAUUCUUGCGGUUGUUUUACUUUUAUAUUACUGGUUGGAGGAGUGAGAAUGUACAUUGGAGUAACGGGAAAGAGUUACAGAGCUGUCAAGGAAGUUGGGAAGGUUAACAUGAGUGUUGGAAUCAUUGCCUACUACCAAGUGAUGCAAGUUUGUCAGGCCGAGUAUUUUCGUCAGUUGCUAAAACCUGUCACGUAGGGUAAUAUUGCAAAGAGCAUUCGGACAUUGGGGAGUUAGGUGGACUGGCCUCCAUUUGUGCUAGAAGUGAAGAAAUGCAAUAUUUCUUUCCUGUUUGUCUUUAAUUUGAUAUAAAGAUCUCACUUAUUUUAAAAUGGCAACGUAUAGAGUUGCUGUGUAGUCUUCUCAUUAGUUAUCAUCCCGUUUUUUAGCUUCCGUAAAAUAAUUGCAAGCUCUCCUGAGAGAAGACGCGCCAACUCAAAGUUUGGAGAGUUUCCCUUUUGUUUGUUUUUUUACAUGGACUUCAUGCAGAGCGACCUCAAAUUUUACCUCAAGAAGGCAAUGCUUCCAACAGCAAACCAAGGGGAUGACAAUCACAUGCAGAUUCCUCUGUCAUCUGCCUUUCCUUCUGUUUUACCUCCUGGGAGAAAGAACUUGGGACCCUUCAAUGCUGUUGAACUUCAACCUUCUGAAAUUUGUCCCCAAAAUUUCAUCAUCUUUGACCACACUGAUAAUCGAAGUCAAAUCAUGUUCCAUCCUGCAAUUGCCAACAAACUUAGUGGUCCGACUGCAAAUAUGUGCUCGAAGUACAUUCAAAAUAAUCUUUGCGUCAAUGAUGAGCAUUAUGAGGAUAGAGAUAUAUCAUCUCCUUUGAUGGAUGAUUUGGACGGUAUUGAUGCAUUAUUGAGCUUGGAAGACGAAGACCUUGAUGAAUCUGAAGAUGAAGAGAUCAGCACUGCAAGAUCUAAUUUGAAUUAUGGGAAUAGAUCCCCUGAUUCUUCUUCAUCCUCCACUUAUAGUUCAAAACCCAGGAGGAAGAACCAGACAUUUAAUCCUAUCCAAAAGUCAUUGUCAAGCAGCCGCGGAAGCAUCUGCGACAGUGACAUGAAACAGUUGAAAGUGAAGAAGAUGGUGAGAAAACUGAGAGAGAUUCUCCCUGGUGGUUACCAAAUGACAACCGUCACCGUUCUCGACGAAGCUGUUAAAUACCUGAAAUCUCUCAAGGACGAGGUGCAGAAACUUGGAGUCGGGGGUUUGGAGAACUAAGGUUCAAACUUCCAUUGGCAUCAACUGAAAAACUCUGUAAGGAUUCUGAUCUCCUGUGUUUGUCCCCCUCCACCUAGUAAAUGGGUUAUAUUAUGAUAUUGUUUCAUGCCACAGAAGAUUCUUAGCGGUUCUUCUAAAUUUCAAAUGCCUGUGGAGAAUGUGUCUCUAAAACCAGGAUUUCUUGUCAGGCUCCUAGACAUUGUUGUUACACCUGUUUUCUUUAUGUUCUAGUUUGGUGCCUGGAAGAUCUGGGAUUGGCAUUUGUUGUAUUUGCAGAAUGUUAUCUUUGAUUUAAGACCGCCAUGUACUGUUCUCUAUUGUCAAUCUUUUUCGGAAUCUCUAUCAGUAGUUUCCCUUUCCUCAUCUGUAUUUGGGAAUAUGGAAUCCCAGAAUAUUCUUGUGGUUUAUGAGAAUCUAUCUACAGAAGAAUUUGGAAAUA